AUGGUGGUGCGACGUCCAACCUAUGUGGCGGAUGGACUGGAAUUAUGUGGAUUGGAUCACGAACGAGACAAGUCAGGGAUGCUGUCGUUAUUGGUAAAAAAGGCGGAAUCGAGCAAACGCUACGACAGAAAAUUAAAGUUUCGAGGAUGGAUCAGUUUGAACGAUAUUGAAAUACAUGAUGGCGCAGCUGAGCUACCUACAUCAUUUACGGUAGUGACAAGUGUCACAGAUACAGUCGCUGCCGAUGUUGAUCCUCAAACACGCGAUGCGUUGGAGGGCUAUUUCCUUGAAGAUUCGUUUCGUUUGUUUCAUCUGUCAGGCGAAAAUGACGCAAAACCAAUGAAAUCAUUGAUGCAGGACAAGGAGAAAUUUAUUGAGCAAUUUGGAAAGACUAAAUUCGGUCAUCGUCGAAAUGACGACCAUCUAUUGGAGUUUACACACGGACAAUGGAAGGGACGAUACUUUUUUGCCAACAUUUACCGAUUAUCUUCUUAUCAUCUACUCUCAAACAAAGUAUAGCGAGAUUGCUAUUGCUUACCUUGAAGAUGCUCUAGCGACGUUGAAAUCCGAAUUGAGCAAUUGUUACGCUAUACCACAUAUACUGGGCUUCAUUAUACCCAAUGAUGAGAAAUUUAGAUUUUCGAUAUUAAGCAAGCUGGCCCUUGGUUGUACAUCUGAUGACGAGAAUCCAUGCGCACUCGACUUAUCGGCACAAACUGAAUCAGCGUUUCAAAACUUUCGAGAUCGAUUCCUCGGUAAUCUGUAUGCGUGCGAUAAAGAUUUGAGAGAAGUUGGACGAAUGGCCAGUUCAUUAUCUGGACGAGGACGUCGACAACGUGUUCGUUAUACCGAUACAAAACCAAUGCGCAUGACAUUUCACAAAGAGUUGUCACGACGACGAAGCAUAUCCACAUUUAAACUAUUUGGCAACCUCGGCAACUCGCCCACAGCAUCAGGAGCAGCAGGCGUGUCAGCGACAGGUGCAGGCAUGGCAGCAUCUUCAUCGAGAUUACGACGAAAGAGUUUAUCGAGUGAUGAAUAUAUGCGAGGCGGACUUGUUGAAUCACGGAUAUCAAAUACGUACUCGUCGGCAUCCUCGAGCAACGAAUCACGUUUGUCGGAAGAUGAUACUAUUAUUUCAACGACACCCUCUUUAGCAGCAGCAGGAGGGGAUGAUGUGUAUCGAAGCAAAAGGAGAAGCACGGGGAGUGGAGCUCUGGCAGCAAUUCGAAGAAAAUCCCUGACCGAAACAAUUGCAUCUGCAUACCGACCAAGCAUCCAUCCUUCACCGAGCGCUUCAUACGAGCUUUCGGUGCUGUGUCGAAAACGGAAAGCGCCGAUGGACUUGAAGAACGGAUCAAACAGCUCACAACGACAUUGCAAACCAGUACCCAUAGUAACGGCAGCAAUCGACCGCCAGCACCGCCAAUAUUACGUCCAGAAAGUUCAGAAAGUAACACUUUGUCAAGAACAUAUUUCAGUAGCGGUCAAAGAACGUCAAUGUCGCCUGAACAGUAUGGUAGCGGGUUUACCACGUUACGCAAUAGCAGUCGAGAAACAUUAUCAUCCAUGGGUGGUAGUGGUACCACUACGAGCGGACAAGGAACACCUCUGUCGCAUGAUUUGACGCUUGGAAAGGAUAAAGUACAGGUCGAUGAAAAAAUAUCAGAGUUACUCGCACAUAUCAAGGGGCAAUCACCUGUAUCUACAGCAAGCUCGGAUAGUAGUAGUAGCAGUAGUGUGAGGACGCCAUCACCUGCAGUGACUAUGCCUGACGGUUUGGAAAA